UAGUGUAAAGGGGUGGGAGUAGACAAGGAAACCCACCCCAGAAAUAGAAGAAUGGAAUAGUCUGAAGGAGGAAGUUGAAAUCUUGGCUCUGAACUUGACUUUCUUGGGAAAUUGUGUGAGGGGCUUUAAAGGAGAGAAAUGAUUGAGGUAAUCUACAUGGAAGAUUAUUAGAGAAAGGUAGUAAAAGAUAUUUCUGGGAGAGAGAUAAAAUAUAUUCCUGCAGCAGGCUGACGGAGUAGCUCAAGUGGUAGAGCACCUGCCUAGCUAGCCUAGCAAGCAUUAGGUCCUGUGUUCAAGCCCCAGUACUGCCAAAAAUAGUGAUGUAUGUUCCUACAGAAGAAAAAUUGUGCCAUUUUUUUCUGCAGAUAGGAACUAUUUAAAAUUUUAUAGUGUUGUGUGUGAUAUUUGCCUUCCAGGUGCAUUGGAUCGUUGUGUGAUGGGGAUCACAGCAGUAGAGAUACUGAAUGCUUGCGAUGAAGCAGUUCCUGCUGCAGUAGAUUCACUAAGUCACCCAGCUGUCAACCUCAAACAAGCUAUGACAAGACGUAGUCUUGCUGCCCUUAAAAACAUGGCACAUCAUAAACUGCAAACCCUUGCAACUAACCUCUUAGCUUCUGAAGCAUCUGACAAGGGCAAUUUACCUAAAUAUUCUCAUAACUCCCUGAUGGUUCAAGCAAUAAAGACAAACCUAACAGACCCAGACAUACAUGUGCUUUUCUUUGAUGUGGAAGCGUUGAUUAUUCAACUCCUGACUGAAGAAGCCUCUAGGCCGAAUACUGCACUUAUUUCCCCAGAGAAUUUGCAAAAAGCAUCUGGCAAUGCAGACAAAGGGGGCUCUUUUCUAACUGGAAAACGAGCAGCAGUUCUCUUCCAACAAGUGAAAGAAACUAUCAAAGAGAACAUAAAGGAACACCUCCUUGAUGAGGAAGAUGAGGACGAGGAAACAAUGAGGCAGAGAAGGGAGGAAAGCGAUCCUGAAUAUCGGACCAGCAAAUCCAAGCCAUUGACCUUACUAGAAUAUAAUUUAACCAUGGACACUGCAAAGUUGUUCAUGUCCUGCCUUCAUGCUUGGGGUUUGAAUGAAGUUCUGGAUGAAGUUUGUCUUGAUCGCCUUGGAAUGCUGAAGCCACACUGCUCAGUGUCAUUUGGCCUUUUAUCCCGAGGAGGUCAUAUGUCACUGAUGCUUCCUGGUUAUAAUCAGGCAUCCUGUAAACUACCUCAUGGGAAACCGGAAGUAGGAAGGAGGCUGCCAGCACCUGAGGGAGCAGGAAAGGGAACUUAUGGAGUGUCUCGUGCAGUCACCACCCAACAUCUCCUGUCUAUCAUAUCUCUGGCAAAUACUUUAAUGAGUAUGACCAAUGCAACUUUCAUUGGUGAUCAUAUGAAGAAGGGACCAACCAGGCCACCUAGACCAAGCACCCCAGAUCUUUCUAAGGCAAGGGGUUCCCCUCCAACUUCCAGUAAUAUUGUGCAAGGACAGAUUAAACAAGGUAAAAUUAAAUCUUACUAAGUAAUUGACAUGACAUUUCAGCUCUAGAA